CCUGGCCCGCGGCCGUCGGGUGUGAACUGCGCCGACCGCUCUGACGGUUCGUGGCCCACCGCUCCUUCGCGGUCCCUGCCGCCACCGUCCACACUCAGCGUUGUAGAGAAGAUGGUGGGUCGGAACAGCGCCAUCGCCGCCGGUGUAUGCGGGGCCCUUUUCGUUGGGUACUGCAUCUACUUCGACCGCAAAAGACGAAGUGACCCCAACUUCAAGAAUAGGCUUCGAGAACGAAGAAAGAAACAGAAGCUUGCCAAGGAGAGAGCUGGGCUUUCCAAGUUACCUGACCUUAAAGAUGCUGAAGCUGUUCAGAAGUUCUUCCUUGAAGAAAUACAGCUUGGUGAAGAGUUACUAGCUCAAGGUGAAUAUGAGAAGGGCGUAGACCAUCUGACAAAUGCAAUUGCUGUGUGUGGACAGCCACAGCAGUUACUGCAGGUCUUACAGCAAACUCUUCCACCACCAGUGUUCCAGAUGCUUCUGACUAAGCUCCCAACAAUUAGAGAAUUGUAAGUGCUCAGAGCUUGGCUGAAGAUGAUGUGGAAUGAGAAACAAAUGUCAACAUAAUAAAAUCUCAGUUAAAAAUAUUUUAAAAAUUCUUGGUAGUUGAGCAGCUCUGGGGGAAUAAGCGCAAAUAUGCUUGUUAUGAACUACGCUGAAAAUCUACCUAAUGUUUACUUUGUGUAGAUCCAUUUGUCUACUUUAUUUAUUUUUCCCAGUGAAAAUUGUAUUUUGAUAGAGAACUUUUCAUUCUAUAAAUACACUAUGAGUUACUAAAA